CAGUAUCGGGCGUCCGCGCCUCGGAAAAUCCUCGAUUUCGUCCCUGUACGUACGUCACGGCGCACUCGAUCUGAGCAAAAUCAGGCAGCUUGGAACAGCUGACGGCAGUUGUACUCAGAACUCGGUUGGAGCGUCUGUCGUGCGCAACACCUCCGUCUCUUCGCCGUCUCAUCGCACAAUUAUGACAAUACAUCGAAUUUAGCAAUAAACAUUUUUAAAUGAAAUGUGCACAGCGGCGUAGCCGGCGCCGGUUCAGUGUCGUGUACGUCCCAGGAGAUGUCCGCGAUGGGCGAACGAGAGAGGAUAUCAAAGACUGCCGUCAGAGUCGGCUUCUACGACAUCGAAAGGACCAUCGGCAAAGGGAACUUCGCCGUCGUCAAGCUGGCCAAGCACCGCAUCACCAAGACAGAGGUAGCCAUAAAAAUAAUCGACAAAUCUCAACUGGAUGCCGGCAACCUGCAGAAAGUCUACCGAGAGGUAGAUAUAAUGAAGCGUCUAGACCACCCCCAUAUAAUCAAAUUGUACCAGGUGAUGGAAACAAAAAACAUGAUUUAUCUGGUGUCCGAAUACGCAAGCCAGGGUGAAAUAUUCGACUACAUCGCCAGGUACGGCAGGAUGACCGAGGAUCAAGCCAGGACGAAAUUCUGGCAGAUCUUGUCGGCGGUCGAGUAUUGCCACAACCGCAACAUUGUGCAUAGAGAUUUAAAGGCUGAAAAUCUUCUCUUAGAUUCCAAUAAUAACAUAAAAAUCGCCGACUUCGGCUUUUCGAAUUACUACACUUCUGGUGGUUUGUUGUCGACGUGGUGCGGUUCGCCGCCCUACGCCGCCCCUGAAGUGUUCGAAGGGAAGAAAUAUACCGGUCCCGAGAUAGACAUAUGGAGCCUGGGUGUUGUUCUUUAUGUCCUCGUUUGUGGAGCGUUGCCGUUUGACGGAUGCUCGCUGCAAGCCCUACGUGAUCGUGUUUUGUCUGGUAGAUUUAGGAUCCCCUAUUUUAUGAGCUCUGACUGUGAAUCUCUUAUAAGAAAAAUGCUAGUUUUAGAACCAAACAAACGUUACAGUAUAUCGCAAAUAAAAAAGCACCGGUGGAUGCAGGUGGCUGUACCCCCAAGCCUGCCACACAUAAUUCCAGCAUCAACAACGCAGCCAAACGAACAAAUCCUUAGGUUAAUGCAAAGUUUGGGAAUCGAUAGUUCCAAAACUCGAGAGUCGAUACGAAUAGGAAGCUAUGAUCAUCAUGCCGCGAUAUAUUUCCUGUUACUGGAUAAACUUAGGAAUCAAUUAGUGGGGGGCGAGAAUCAGACGGGAGUGAGAGAGGUGCAAAGACGACGACCUUCCAACAUAGCGGAACAGGCGAUGAGGAAGAUCGGUAGGGCAAGUACGAGUGAAGACUGCAGAAGGUUACUGCAACACUCCACCACAGCUCCAACAGCUAGUAACAGUAAAAUAAAUGCAGGUACCAGAACUUGCGAUUCGCCCCCUAUACAUGGAAUAGACGCGGCUAAAUUACUCGCGGCUACCAAUAGCGAAGAUGCUCUUAAAAUAUUGAACCAAGCUACAACGACCACGUUUAGCAUGUCUACCGAAGCUACUAAGCUCAUGUCGACGCUUCAGAUGUCUGCCAUACCUUCAGCUUCGACCGAAUCGCCUUUCAGCCAUCAACAUGGGUAUCCUUAUGGGCAUCCCGCCGCCGCGUCUCAUGCUAUAGACCCAUCGGACAGCAAGGGAUCCUUGGGAAGGUUUUCAACGAGUGGUUACCGAAGCGGCGAGAUCCAAACUCAGUACUCGAGCUCAACCGACGAGGGCGUCGAGACCGAUCUCGAGGACCACACUCCUAGAUUAAGCUACGCAUCAUCAAGUUCCUCAAGCGGUGUAGUGACAAACUUCAAUACAUCGAAAAGUCUCAGCCAAAAUUUAAGUUGUGAUAGUAACUUCGAAAGUCUGGAAUAUCCAUUGUCGGAAUCCAGCGAACUAGCCAGCAGCUUACCCAGCUGCACAACCAGCGAUUGCAAAGCCGAUCCCAUCACCACCCACACCAGUUACACUCUAGCACCGCGCCCCAUCCUACAUAAACACAAUCCCCUAGUACACAUGUCCAGUUUCAAGACAACGCGAGGGUUAACUCGGUCUCCGGUCGACUUCCGCGAGGGCCGACGGGCCAGCGACGGUCUGGUGGCCCAGCAAGUGGCCGACGCUUCCACUGGCGUCGUGGCCUUCAACUCGCAAAAACUGAGCGAGAACUGCAAGGCGAAGGGCGUUCUCGAGCUGCAUUUAGUCCAGAGAGAAGCACAGCGACUGCAAUCUCAGUACCAAGCCCGCGAACCCCCCGAAGAAGUGUCCCAACGGCAGAAGCAGCACACGCAGUACUUGCAACCUCGCGGUAACAAAAGAGUGAGCCUGCCGGAUAAUUUCAGUUACACCAAUGCGGUCUCCGAACCGUUGCAGCUGCAAACUGCCAUGCAACAUAGACUGUUGCAGCAGAAACGUCAAAUCCUGCAAAAGCAGUGUGCUCUGUCGCACCAGACGCCCAACACUAGCGUGGAGACGGGGGGGCACUUGGCUAGGAGGCAGAUGCUGAGGCAGGCAAGUUAUAAGAUAGCUCAGCAGCAGCAAGUGUUGCCUCCCUUACCGCUCAGUGAGACGGAAAGUAAAGACCUUAUGGCGUUCCAGGCGCUGGUGGAGAGUUCUGGAGAAGCGGCGUGGAACACACUGCCGGGAAACAUGAGUUCUUGCCAAAUUACUGAACAAGCGGUCCCCUCUCCUACACCUAACUGGCAGACCGCGCCAGGAACUUGGACUCAGGGACCUGCUUUCCCUGCCAACCCAUGGCCACCAUUAUUACCUCUCAGCGAAAGCCCAAUUCUUGAACUAACUGAACAAAUGGAGUCAAUGUGAAGAAACUUUAAUAUUAGUUUUACUCAAACCUGUCUCGCCUUACGACAAUUGGGAAUGCUGACAUGUUCCCGAUUGGGGCUAAGUGGUUGGUUUCUUUAAAAAACUCAGGUGACGUUGACAAUGUCAAUUCGUUGCACUGGCCGAAGUCUAGUCAUUUUUUUUAUAAAACUGUCGUUUUUUAAGUUCUAAAUUUGACAUUCCACGUGAUUUAAAGGAGAAGGUAGUGAAAUAAUAAUCAAACUUGUUUAACAAAAUAGAGUUGUGCUACCAUUAGUAAGAGAGGUAGUAAACUGUAGGGGAUUGAUCAACAAUCAAAUAAUCAAAAAAUCAGACUGUAAUAAUAAGAUAAUAAUUAAAUAAAACUGUCACUUAGGCCGUAGAUAUAACUUUACAUAAACGAGCUCACAUGUGUGUUGUCACGGGGUUUUUCUGACCAUCCUGUAAAUCAUGGACAUUACAUAUCAUUCUUGCCCGGACUAUACUUAUCAUUCGAAAAAAAAUGCAGGAUGCUCAGGUGAACGUCUUUUAUAGAAGAACAUAGUUAGCUUUGAAAAAGCCGUUAAGUAGAAAGCAGCAAUAAUAUAUUUGUAUAUUUGUAAACGUGCCUGGUUUCGGUUUGAAUGUUGCUUUUGUUAUUUGUUUAUAUUAAACUCAGUACUAUUAUUAAAA